AUGCGCCUUGAUGCGCACGGGAUCAGAGUUGCCUUGCACUGCGUCAACAAUAUUGGGAGCUGCGCCGAGAGUGAAUACACAGAAGCCAUGGACUGGACUCAUAUCACAUCUAAUACAACAGAGCUACUUGAAGGUACCGCGAGCUAUCGCGUUGUCGUGUCCUCGAUUCUGGGACUUCUAGUAAUCUGUUCUGUCUUCGGUAACGUUUGCGUCAUUUCAGCGGUCGCGCUGGAAAAAUCUCUUCGGAGUGUCACCAACUACUUAAUAGCGUCUUUGGCUGUCACGGACUUGCUGGUGUCGGUCUUGGUUCUGCCUCUGGCAGCGAUGUACCAAGUGUUGAACAAAUGGACUCUUGGGCAGAAAACGUGCGACAUUUUCCUGUCUCUAGAUGUGCUCUGCUGCACCACGUCCAUUCUACACCUGUGCGCAAUAGCGCUGGACAGGUACUUGGCCAUAACGAACCCGGUGGACUACAUGAACAGAAGAACCCCAAAGCGAGCGGCACUGGUGAUUGCUCUAACGUGGCUGAGCGGGAUUAUUGUCGCACUACCAACUAUGUUGCGAUGGAGGGACACGGAACAUGAUCCUGGUGUGUGUACGAUCAGUCAAGACCUAUUGUACACAAUCUAUACAAUCUUUGGCGCGUUUUACAUACCGCUUGUUUUUCUGUUGGUUGUUUAUUUCAAGAUAUUCAAAGCAGCCAUGUUCAGAAUAAAGAAGACGACUAAAAAGUCGUUCGGUGUGAAGGAGAACAUAUCAGGGAAUAACUCCUCGACAGGUAACAUCCCGGUUACGCAAUCGGCGUUGGAUUUAGAUGGACUAAUUCGCGCCAACUGCGAAGCCAAGCGAAAAGCCGCAAAAGCGCGGGAACGCAGAACAGUGAAAACCCUCGGCAUAGUCGUGGGGGGCUUUGUCCUGUGUUGGUUGCCAUUCUUCAUCGUCACUUUCCUCGUGUCGGUCUGUAAAUCCCGUUGCGCGGUGCCGGUCGGGGUGGGCGCGGUGAUCAACUGGCUCGGCUAUUCCAACUCUAUGCUGAAUCCAAUAAUAUACACCUACUUCAACAAGGACUUCAGAAACGCCAUCAAGAAAAUACUUCAGUGCAAAUAUUGCACCCCGAGACUAGCUCAGAAUUUGUUACCCAGAACAGAGUGUUAAUAAUUGAGAUUGACACUGAGGAGGUAAACGCGUGAAGAGAAAACGUUGAGGUCUCGAUGGAAGCUGUCCAAAACUUUACGCAUGGGCAAGGGCUGCGCGUUUGUGCACCAUGGACCGACAGUUACCACAAUGUUAUUUUACCUGAAUUCGGGAUUUCUUAUUUAUGUUGGUGUGU